AUGAACACUCCACCCCGCACACGCACCUCGCGAGCUGACCGUGUCCCCCCAACCCCGCUCCACGGCGCUCGGUUCGAUUCCCCACCUCCGACUUCCAGAAAGCAGAAGGGCAAGGGCAAAGCCGGAUCCUCAGCAUCGUCAUCCACAUACUCCACAGCUACACUUUCACCACCCCCUUCAUCUCCUCUGGGCCCAGAUGACUCCGCAUUGCCGUUCGAGCCAACACGUAAAUCCCGCAAGAGGCGGGCAUCCGUGUUCGAUGAUGUCGUUGACAAGCCGGUAGAAGUUGAGAGUGAGGGAUGGAAGGAAUUGGAAAAGAUGUUCGGGAAGGACUUUGGGAGGGGCCCUACAGCUGUUCCUAGUGGCGUUGGGCUCCCUACGCCGUCAAAGACUCCUGCCAGGAAAAGAAAGCACUUCUCAAUCGAUUCAGUUGCUGGCUCUUCAAGGAGGCUAUUUGGAUCAAAGAGCUUCACACCAGCUCCCACUGUCUCUACCUCGAAGGAGGAUAUCUUUGGCACCACCAUGAAGACAGGCAGUAAGAAGCGUGCCGGAAGGUUGGAUUUGACGGGAGAGGGCGAAGAUAAUGAGAAUCCGUUUGUCUCCCAGAAGGAUAGCAAGAAGAAGAAGGAAAAGAAGACUGUCAAGGAGGUUGACACACUAGGCGAGGAUGGCAGAAGGGAGGACGGAAUGGUCUAUAUUUUCCGUGGAAAGAAGAUGUUCCGCAAAUUCACCGACAUGGAUGACCCUGACGAACCACUUCCUAAGGCUGCUUCCCCGACUCUUGAGAAUUCUGUCGGAGAGGAGGAAGAAGAAGAAGAACAGGAAGAGGAGGAUGAGGAAGCGGUGGUAGAGGAGGCGAGUGAGAAGGAGGAAGAGAAGGAGGGGGAGGAGGAGGUAAAAGCCAAAGUCAAGCUUAACCUGGAGCUCGUGGGACAACCUGGUGGAGAUAAAGCGGAAGGAGACGAAUUAGAGGAGGAGAAGGAAGAGGAGGAGGAGGAGGAGGAGGAGGACCUCGAAGAGUUCGAACUGGAGGAGCAGGAAGAAGAGGACGAAUUCGAGGAAGAGGAAGAUGAGGAAAUCAACGCCAUUUUGCGCAAGCGUUCCUCAAUCCGUCCUCGCCUCCUUUUCCCCUCCAAGGACGUCGAAGAAUCUGAAGACGACGAGGAGGAAGAGGACGAAGAGGAGGAGGAGGAGGCCGAGACCGAUGUCGAGGACGUUUUUGCGGCCAUUACUGCCGAGAUCAUCGAGAAGAAGAAGGGCAAAGAUGAUAUCUUCUCCAGGAGCACCAUUUCUCGUCUAACACCAGAAUCCGAUGACGAUUUUUCAUCAGGCAGUAAGAAGAGCGGCGCCAAACUCGAUGACAGCGUUUUUGGCUCUCAUGGAGAUAUCCCAAAGAGCACCCGCAAGAGGUCAUCUCUCUUUGAUAAGCCAAUAAAGAGACCUGGCAAGGGGUUGUUUGAGGAUCUUUCGGAGGGAGCAGCAGUUGGAGAGAAGCGUAGCAGGAAUGAUGCUUUUGCUGGAACCUUGAGUCCUCCUAGGACGAGCAAGAAAUCAAAGGGUCCCAUUGCCUAA